CUAUUUCAAAAUUACGUUCUUAGUCUAUUGGAUGAUGCCGUGUUUAUGCACUAUAAUAAUACACAUGCAUUAUACUGCCAUGAGCUAUAAUGCAUAUAUAUUAGGAGAGCCAACCAAAAUGGAAAUGCAAUCAUCCGUAAGUGAGGUUUUGACACUUUUGACAAUUCUAAUAAAAAAUUUCAGAUCUAAAAUGUUACAAGGGAAUUCCUCCAUGUUUUUUUAGAGCUUCGAUUUUCACAGUUGGCACUAUGGGUAUCUCCAACCAAACAGGUGGAGGCUUAUUAGAGAUUAGCCGUUUUAGCAAAGUGAUCUCAAUCCCAUAGCACGGCCCCUUGACCCAUAUCUUUUACAAGGAAAACAAAUGAUUUUAACAUUGAUACAUUUCAUGGAGAUUCACAUGUAAUAUCUAUUGUGAAGAAAUAUUUCCACUGCAUCCACAUAGAUACCAGUUUGAAUGACUGCCCUAUGACAAAAUCACUUAAAGAGAGGUGGAGGAAUAUGAAGGCAGCUUGCUUUAAUCAGAUUACAGGAUUUGGCUUGUUUACGCGGAUUACUUUAUAACCCAGAUUGAGGCCGUGGAGAAGGAUUCUACAGGAAGUUGGCAGAGUCGACAGACAUCUCUGUUCAACAGCCUUCUGUGUGUCACAGAGUAUGCCAGGAGUCAUCAAUUUGGAUGAUCUGACGGACAAGGACAAGGCCCAGAUGGAAUUGGACCAGAAGAAAAUUGAAGUCAAACUUGAGAGGUGGUUGACAUCCAAAUGUUGCGAGGAGAUCAAGGACUACAUUGUGGCCGCCGAGGAGGAAGACAUCUUAGUGAAGGGCAUGCCAGAGGACAAGAACCCGUUCAAGGAGAAAGGUGGCUGCGUCAUCUGCUAGACGGGGACCCGAGGAGCUGUUCGCAUUGCACCUCACUAGUGCUCAAGGACUAUCUCCCGCCUCUCCCACGUCUUUCAAUGGAUUAUCACUCACAGGCCUGUGUGAAGAAUAGUAGUUGCAAUGACAUAAAGGUUAUGGUGGCAGCUUGUUGUUCAUAUUCAUGAGUUCCUGAAUAAAUUACCACCGAGUUUUGGUGAGGUUACGCUU